ACCAUGCGCGCCGCGCCGCCUCCCGCGCGUCUUCUGCCGCUGCUGUUGCUGCUCGCGCUCCUGGCCGCGCCCGCCGCCCGCGCCAACAGAGCCGAGUCCGCCGCCCCGCCGCAGUCCGGAUCCGAGCGCCAGCCGCGGCCGCCGCCCGGCCCGGGGCCCGGGAACGCCACCGGGAUGGGCUCCGGGGAGGCGACGGGCGGCGGCGGCAGCUCCAACAGCAGCGGUGACGCCCUGGUGACCCGCAUCUCCAGCCUGCUCCGCGACCUGCCCACCCUGAAGGCGGCCGUGAUCGUGGCGUGCGCCUUCUCCGCCUUCCUCAUAGCCUGCCUGCUGCUGCGCGUCUUCAGGUCGGGGAAGAGGUUAAAGAAGACCCGCAAGUAUGACAUCAUCACCACUCCGGCUGAGCGAGUGGAAAUGGCCCCGUUGAAUGAAGAGGAUGACGAGGACGAGGACUCCACAGUAUUUGACAUCAAAUACAGGUAAAACCUGUUCUCCAGCGUGUUGGCAACCUGUGGCUGGUCGGCUGAAGCUGGGGGGUGUGAAGGAUCUGGAAGCUGUCCCGUCCAAGGUGUUGAAACCAAAACAAACAUUAUUUAUGAAACUCUGGCACAGUUGUGUGUGGAACGUUGGCUCCGAAUGUCACUGCAGGAGACACCACCCUCUGGACGCCCCUGUAAAAUGUCACCCUUUAUUCCCUCAAGAGGGCUUUUGCCUUGCUAAGGGGCAAGGGGAAACGUGCUGAUUUAAAAAAUAAUUUUAAAGCAACUGCCGACAAAAGUAAAAGAGAUCAGAAGUUAUCAAGAACCUAAGAAAAACCUAAAGGAUAUUUAGCGGCAUAUUUAGGGUUUCUGACAGUCUGCUCUCCUGGAUCUAUGAACUUUUAGAUGUCUGACCCUUUGUGGUCUUUCUGGGCUUGGUCGAGUUCUGGCCUUUCAUUGGUGGUGGCCACGUGAAAGUUCAGAGUGCAAGGGUUCAGAGCUGCUCAGCUUGUAGCAGAUGUAAACACGUCCUGUGGCUCCUUUUCUUUUCCUUUUUUGAAAGGGUUCAGCAGAAUUAGGCAUGGCUAGCUCACAAAGAAUUCUGAAUAUCAGGGAGAAACCUAGACCUAUGUGUGUGUGUGUGUGUGUGUGUGUGUGUGUGUGUGUGUGUGUGUGUGUGUAUGUACAUGUGAGAUAAUUUCUCCAUCUCUAAAGAGAAAAGAGUUUGGCAGCCUUUGCUUAGUAACAUCCAUUGUGUGUUUCUCUGCCCUGUCACCGUUCUACAUUCUUAGAAAUGGAAUGAAAAAAAAAAUCACCGUGAUAAUUUAAAUGAAUGGUGAUUUGGUUGGCUGAAAAAAGCCCACUGCCAGGGACUACGUUUGCAGUUGGUCCAGGCCAGACUGGCCUAGGAACCCACCUGGACCCAGGAGGUUACUGCAGGAAGGCCCCUCACACAGGUGGGUUUGGGUGGUGGCUUAUCUUGCAACUAGAGUGCCCGACACUUGCUGGAAGCAGGGCCUCGGGCUGACUUCUCAGGAUGAUAGAGGACUCCCAUUUCACUGUUUCCCCAGGGUUAUUUGCUGCAACGGAUAUCCUUCUGCUAAAGUCUCCUAGCAGUGCCUUUGGGGGCCGGCUACUCUGUUCUCUCUGGAAAGGUGUUUUGUAAUUUUUUUUUAAUCUCCUCUUUUCUGGCAUUCUGCAGGGUUUGCAAAUUUGCCUGUUUAUUGUCUGCUCCACUGCUUGGGAUGAAAACUCUGGCCUUUC